UGAAUUUCAUAGCUGCCUUGCUUGUCUUAUACUUUACAUGUAAAUAAAAAUGGAUCGGUCAAGUAAAAAGGGAUCUAAAAUGGCCUGUUGUUUCCCUGUUAUCCUUGACCGAUCCAUGAGAAGCAGCUUCAAGCUAUCUAAGAGCUCCUCUUCUGAUAAGCUCAAUAAAAGCAAGAGCUCUAUAUGUUCACCAAAAUCUCUAUCCACAAAGAAAAAAGAUGUCCAGGAAAACGAUCACCUGGUAGUAUGUUUCGGGGAGCUGUUGAUAGAUUUCGUGCCUACAGUAUCUGGAGUUUCACUUGCAGAAGCACCUGGUUUUAAGAAAGCUCCUGGUGGGGCUCCAGCUAAUGUUGCAGUUGGUAUAGCAAGAUUAGGAGGUUCUUCCGCAUUUAUUGGCAAGGUGGGUGCAGAUGAAUUUGGUUAUAUGUUAGCUGAUAUAUUAAAACAAAACCAUGUGGACAAUUCUGGCAUGCGUUUUGAUACACAUGCAAGGACAGCAUUGGCAUUUGUCACAUUGAGAGCAGAUGGUGAGAGAGAAUUCAUGUUUUUCCGCAAUCCAAGUGCUGACAUGCUUCUCACGGAGGCAGAGCUAGACAAAGAUCUCAUUCACAAGGCAAGAAUCUUUCACUAUGGGUCAAUCUCUUUGAUUGCGGAACCAUGUAGGUCAGCUCAUCUUGCUGCCAUGGAGAUUGCCAAAAAAGCAGGCUGCAUUCUCUCUUAUGACCCUAAUCUAAGGUUGCCCUUAUGGCCAUCCCCUGAGGCUGCUCGUAAAGGCAUUCUGAGCAUUUGGGACCAAGCCGACAUUAUUAAGGUAAGCGAGGAUGAAAUUACUUUUUUGACAAAUGGUGAAGAUGCCUAUGAUGACAAUGUGGUGAUGACCAAGCUUUUCCACCCUAACCUCAAGCUUUUGCUGGUAACCGAAGGGGGUGAUGGUUGCAGAUACUAUACUAAGGAUUUUCAUGGGAGAGUGAAUGGAAUUAAAGUUACAGCAGUUGACACCACAGGAGCAGGUGAUGCAUUUGUUGGUGGACUUCUCAACAGCAUGGCCUCAGAUCCGGACAUUUACAUGGAUGAGCAGAAAUUAAGGGAUGCCCUCCUUUUUGCAAAUGGCUGUGGAGCAAUAACUGUAACAGAAAAAGGAGCUAUUCCUGCAUUGCCUACAAAAGAAGCAGUCCUUACAAUCUUGGAUGGUGCCACUGCUAACUGAUCAAAUCCAUGACCCAUAAAAGAAAAAGAAAAAACUCCUAAUCCCCACCAAUUCUAUGACACUGCACCACUUUGUAAAAUUCUCAUUAUGGAAUUUAGUCCAUUAUUGCUAUCCCUGUAACAAAAGGUGGAUCUACAAAAUUUUAAACAUAUGUAUAUAUAAUACGAGGUGCAUCUACCAAAUUUAAA